AUGACUCCCAUUACCACUGCUGUGAGUGUAGUCUACUCUUUUCAAGAAAAAAACAACUUCUUAAACACCUCAUUACCUGCCACCCUAAGCCAUCUGAAGGCCAACCUCACUCCCAGCCAUCAGAAGGCCAACCACACUCCCAGCCAUCAGAAGGCCAACCACACUCCCAGCCAUCAGAAGGCCAACCACACUCCCAGCCAUCAGAAGGCCAGCCAUCAGAAGGCCAACCACACUCCCAGCCAUCAGAAGGCCAACCACACUCCCAGUCAUCACAAGGCCAAACACACUCCCAGCCAUCAGAAGGCCAACCACACUCCCAGCCAUCAGAAGGCCAGCCAGCAGAAGGCCAACCACACUCCCAGCCAUCAGAAGGCCAACCACACUCCCAGCCAUCAGAAGGCCAACCACACUCCCAGCCAUCAGAAGGCCAGCCAUCAGAAGGCCAGCCAUCAGAAGGCCAGCCAUCAGAAGGCCAGCCAUCAGAAGGCCAGCCAUCAGAAGGCCAACCACACUCCCAGCCAUCACAAGGCCAAACACACUCCCAGCCAUCACAAGGCCAAACACACUCCCAGCCAUCACAAGGCCAAACACACUCCCAGCCAUCACAAGGCCAAACACACUCCCAGCCAUCAGAAGGCCAACCACACUCCCAGCCAUCAGAAGGCCAGCCAGCAGAAGGCCAACCACACUCCCAGCCAUCAGAAGGCCAACCACACUCCCAGCCAUCAGAAGGCCAACCACACUCCCAGCCAUCAGAAGGCCAACCACACUCCCAGCCAUCACAAGGCCAACCACACUCCCAGCCAUCACAAGGCCAAACACACUCCCAGCCAUCAGAAGGCCAACCACACUCCCAGCCAUCAGAAGGCCAGCCAGCAGAAGGCCAACCACACUCCCAGCCAUCAGAAGGCCAACCACACUCCCAGCCAGCAGAAGGCCAACCACACUCCCAGCCAGCAGAAGGCCAUCCACACUCCCAGCCAGCAGAAGGCCAACCAAACUCCCAGCCAGCAGAAGGCCCACUGCACUCUGUGGAUGCCACGGUAG